AUGUCUUUUAGCCUGCCACAAUCGUUAAUCUCUGUGGUUUCAGAGCUCAGAGGGGAUAAAAUUGUGGUUGAGAAACGGCAAUCAUGCAAGGACGAAAAAGGGAUUUUCGGAGAGCAAACGAAGGAGCUAGAAGACAUCAUAGAGCGGCAGCAAAAACGCAUCCAUAUGCUGCAAACAAAUAUAACUGUGGAAGUGGAAUGCCAUGAGCGUUCCUGUCGCGCCCAACUUUUAUCCGAAAAACAACACCUUGAGUCGGAAUUGACAAGUCUUACUGGGGAGUUAGACACUCUUUCAGCGCAAUGGCGGGAAUUGCGUCAGGUGAGCGAGCAUGCAUUUCAGUGGGGUGAUAUGCGGUCCAAGUGUGUUGAAGCCAGGUCUCGCAUCCGCGGUCUUAAAAAUGAAAUUGAGGAGGGUGAAAAACAACUGGAGUCCAUUCAAACUCUUAUGAAAAAUCGACAAGAACGAUUACAUACUGUGCAAAGGGAACUUCGCCAUGUACAACAGCAGGUGAAGUGGAUGCUUGAAUGUCAAGCUGCAGAUGAGCAGGCGUUUAGGAAUCGUAUUCGGGAGGAAGAUGAUUAUCUUCGACAGCUGAUGGAGGCGCGUAAUGAAAUAGAAGCAGAAUCAUCACAGUCAACUGUGACGGAGAAGCUAGAUCUAUUGCCAUUGCAGGAUGACGUGAAUGCAUUGGAGAUGUGCCUGAAUGAAAUGCAGGAGUAUACUCAAAAGCUUCAGCUUCAGUGCCGAGACCUUCAAAGCGAGACAGAGAGGGCAAACAACAAUGCGAUUGAAUCUUCGGAAAAUGAGUUGGCGUCUCUGGCGUACGAACGAGCUUUGAAAAGCGCCGAUCAACAGAUGAUGCAUUUCAUGAAUGAACAAAUGCGGACAUCACGGUGUCAAGGUGUAACGCCGUUGUUGGUGCAUUCCCAUAAAAGACAGUGGCUUCAAAACUAUCUUAUCGUGUGGAAUCGUUUGUAUCGGCAAUGUGCCGAGCUACAGCAGGAAACAGAGGUGCGUACUGGAAGUCCUCUCACAGAAGUAAGGCAAAAAAUCGAAACUGCAAAGGGAGAACUUGAUGCGAUCACAGGUGCCCCAGGUGAAGAUACAAACGAACGACAAACUGCUUUUUUAACUCUUGAACAUCUGGUUUCCUUGCUACGCAGUAGCCAGAAAAUGGAGUCAGAGCUUCUUCAGUGCGUUAAAGAGACUGCUAAAAGUAUUGGUGAGGUGCCCGAGGUAUAUAUCUCUUUUGCAAGUAUGAAUGGCUACUCCGAUUUGACGGACAACGAAGAGGACGAAACAGUGAUGCCAAAAGAGUCCACCGAACUAAUGUUUAAGCCAAUUCCAGAGGAAAAUCCUGACUUAGUCAUUGAUGAGAUGCGGAGCCUCUCUGAUUUUUCUCCUGACGACAAGAAAAGGGAGGAGACAGUUCAACAAACGGCACAUCGUUCGCGAGGGAAUUUGCAGGAAUUCAUUUACCAGAAGUCUCUCUUCCUGAGCGAACAUGCCACACGAGCCCGUGUACCACUGCGACAUGCGGUGGCGAAGAGUUCCCCCAGUACUGUGGAAGGGUCACUGAGUCAGUUCCUUGAGAAGAUGGUUGAUGAAGCGCUACAAUAUGUGAAACACCACAAGCAACAAAGAGCGCCGGAUCAAAUAAAUCUGUCGCAUGACGUUGUUCGAACGGAUCCAGAAUAUGUAGCAGAAGCCCAGCAGCUGCAGACAAGGGUGCGGCGAAUUGUUUUGGAACGCCAGAAAUCGUUUUUGGAUUUUUCUCCAGGUGGUAAGAGGAGCCACUCCACGCACCCUUCUUUCGUCCCCAAAGCAGCUCAAUGGAUUUCUAUUGAAGGUGCGCGUCUGCCACCUGAUAUUGUGAAUGCUUCAGCGGCGCUUCAAGCAAAGUAUUUUUUGUCGUGUGCAAUUCGCGGGGUCACCACCGUAAUGCUGACACCUGGGAGUGUUAUCCCCACUGUGCGGCAUCUUUUUCUUACAAGAGAUCUUGACAGGCUCUGCGCACGCGAUGUGAGCAGUGCGGAGAAUGUAGGAUCGACGAACGUAGAUGUCAUCGCAAAGUUGACGGAAGUGCACGAUAUCCGUUUGGUGGCGGAUGAGACCCUCACCUCAUCGAAGCUGGAGGCGGAGCUGUCGUUCACCAUUGCGCUGUCCACAGAGCAAGCGCAAAAAGACUGUUGGGUUGUUCAAACGGACAACGCUGAAAGUCGAACAUUUUGGGCGUAUGUUUUUGCGUGGGUGAUCAAUGAGUCGGCAGUCGGAAACGAGGCCGCAAUCAUCACGCGCUUGAAACGUGAAAACAAAGUUUUUGUCUUGGAUGCAUCAGAAGUAGUAGCCGGUAACUUUGAACCCAGUAACCGCUAUGGGCUCCAUGUGCAAGUGGAUGAUAAACGAUGA